AUGGGUUGGCAUGGUCUCUCAACCUUCUCUGUUGUCGUCUCUCUGCUGGCUCUCACCGUCCGAAGCCAAAGUGACGACCUCGGCCUCACACAUGGAUAUAUCUCCCUCUCCACAGCCAAUUGGGACCUGAAGCUCGUCAAAGAUGCUCAGGUUCUCGCAUCUCUCCAGCCCAAGGGCACCUCCUUCGAUUUUCUCCCCUUUGACUAUCUCCAGAACCGCGCCGCGAAUGGCCAGUAUCACAAUGGGGACAUCACGUUCCGCUACCGCGCCGCUGGGGCGACGGACUGGAUUGCGGGUGACUCCUCACAGGCUCGCAAGACUGUGACCGUGGUCAAGGCUGACGACGGACUGGCGGCCGCCGACUUGACCCCGACUUUGCCUGUUGGAUCGCCACUUCGGGUCGUGCGCAAAUGGGUCAACGUCGACGGCGAUCUGGGCCUGUCCUUCACUCUCACCAAUACUGCCAAGCAUCGCCUCGAAAUCGGCAGUCUGGGCUUCCCGACCGAGUUUAACAGUAUCUUCACCAACCGGAGCCCUGAGGAGAUGACAGCCAAGUGCUCCCUGGCCGACCCCUACAUUGGGCUGGACGCUGGCUAUCUGCAGGUCACACCGACUUCUGGCACGGGGGAAGCAUUGAUAGUGACACCCUUGGGCAACACAAGCACCCCAUUUGAGGCGUGGCGCAAUCUGGAUGAGUCCGUGUUUGACUCCACCGUAUACGGGAGUCAGACCUUUGAGGGACUGUACGAGUGGCAGACGCGCUCCAAGGCCUACGCCGACAAUGAAUGGGCCAACGUGACACCCUGGAAUCCGGCCACCUCGCUCGUCCUCAACGCCGGACAGUCUGCAACCGUGGGGCUACGCUUUUCCCUGGUGAAAGACGGCAUCCGCGGUAUCCAGAAGGCAGUCCGAGCCACCAACACCCCCGUGACAAUUGGGACCGGAUACGUGGUGCCCCGAGACCUCACCGUUCAGCUGCUCAUCCUCGCCGCGGCCGACGUCUCUGAGGUGGUCAGCGAGGGGAACGCAUUAGCCAUCACCCGGCAGCAGUCGAACACCUUCUUGCUGACUCCCACCGGAUCCGCCUGGGGCCGCACUCGGCUCACCAUCACCUACGCCGAUGGCAAGACUCAGGCGGUCCAUUACUUCAUUACCGACACGGCCCCAGACACCAUCGUUCGUCUGGGCCAAUUUUCCACCUCGUCAAUGUGGUUCACCGACGAGUCGGAUCCCUUUGGCCGCGCCCCUUCCAUCGUCACGUACGAUGCUUCCGUCCGGGGUCCCGUCCUCCAGGAGGCCCGUGUCUGGAUCGCGGGCCUGAGCGACGAAGGCGGAGUGAUCUACCUGGCGACGGCGAUGAAACAGAUUGGCCAUCCGGAUCCCGACGAGAUUGCCAAGCUGGAGGAGUUCGUGACCAAGGUGCUCUUCCACACUAUCCAGGAUGGGGGCUCCCUGGUCCGCAAAAGCAUAUUCUUCUACGAGCCGUCCGCCGUGCCAGGCUACCCGUACAGCAGCUCCAUCGACUGGGGCAACUGGUGGUCGUGGAAUAAGGCCGAUUCCUACUCCACCGACCGCGCAUACGACUAUAUCCACGUCAUCGGCGCGUAUUGGGCGCUGUAUCGCGCCGGUCGUGACCUGCCGGGGGUGCUGAAACGAAACACUUGGCAGUGGUAUCUGGGCCGGGCCUAUAAUACCACCAUUGCUUGCUUUGCAACCGACUCCGCGGGCAAUGGGCUGGUGGGAUAUUCGCGUCUUGGCCUGAUGGGAGAGACGGUGGUCGGUGAACUUCUCAAAGAUCUGCGCCGCGAAGGCUGGUCCAAGGAAGCAGACGCCGUGGAGACGGCCAUGAAAUUGCGUGCCGAGGCGUGGAACUCGCAAUCGGCCCCGUUUGGCAGUGAGAUGGCGUGGGAUUCGACGGGCCAGGAGGGCGUGUAUUACUGGACCAACUAUUUCAAUCUCACCGACGCCGCGACCAAGGCUGUUAAUAGCAUUCUGGGCUUCAUGCCUACUGUGUCUCACUGGGGUUGGAAUGGGAAUGCCCGGCGCUAUUGGGAUUUUAUCUAUGCGGGAAAGUUACAGCGCAUCGAACGCAUGAUCCACCACUACGGCUCCAGCCUCAAUGCCCUCCCCCUCCUUGCUCAAUUCCGCCAGCAGCCCACGGACACAUACCUCCUUCGCGUCGGCUACGGCGGCAUCACUGGUCCCCUGACCAACAUUCGCCAGGACGGGUCCAUGUACAACGCCUUCCACUCGUUUCCCGACACUCUCGCGGGCGAUGACUACUCGGGCGACUACGGGCCCAAUUUCCUAGGCGUCAUGCUCGCCUCCGCAACCUACGUCGUCGAGGAUCCGGAUCUCGGGCUGGUGGCGUACGGCGGCAACCUCGCGGUGGAUGGACAGGUGGUGACGGUAGAGCCGCGUGAUGCAGUUCGCCGGCGAGUGUAUGUAGCGUCCAUGGGGGUUUACAUCACCACUAGUCCGGGCUGGAUUGAACAGUUAUCUUUUGCGAGAACGAAUGCCAAGCAGGUGAGAGUGCGGCUUAUCCCAGGGCCGUCCAAGGCUACAUCAGUGGUUGUCUGGGUUGAGAGUCCUGGCACAAAGGAUGACUACAUAGUCACCUCCACUGAGACGCAGUCAACGCGUGGAGGAUGGGAGGUCCAGCUGCCUGAUAGUGGGGUGGAGGUGACCAUAGGCACCGCGUAG